UGCGAGGAUUGCAUGCCUCAACGCUGUGCCGCCGUUGUGCUUUAUCUUCAAAAGUGUAAGGCGAAGAAAAACGUAAUAUUUGAUUUGUGCCUGCGCUAUAAUGAGUGAAUCCAGCGUCUGCCAGGGGCGGGCCACCGUCAUGGUGUAUGACGACGCCGGCAAGCGCUGGGCCCCGGCCGGCACCGGCCCCCAGAGUGUCAGCCGGGUGCAGAUAUACCACAACGCCUCCAACAACUCCUACAGGGUGGUGGGACGCAAGAUGCAGGCUGACCAACAGGUGGUGAUUAACGUGCCCCUGUCGAAAGGCCAGAAGUAUAACCAGGCGACCCCCAAUUUCCACCAGUGGCGAGACGCACGCCAAGUGUGGGGCCUGAACUUCAGCACUAAAGAGGAUGCUGCCCUUUUCGCCGAGGGCAUGACACAGGCCUUAGAUGUCAUAAAUGGAAACGCGGCACCACCACCUCCACCUGGGCCAACACAACAGGAGCAGGAGGGACAGAGGAGACUGGAGAGGCAGCGUGAGGAGCAGCAGCAGAGAGAGAAGCAGGCCGCUGCUGCACCACCUGCCGCACCUCCUGCUGCACCUGCUGCGCCUCCUACCCCUCCAUCAGGAGCUCCUGGUCCUCCUCCACCCCCCGGGCCUCCACCUCCCCCGGCCCCGGCACCACCACCUCCCCCUGGGCCCCCGCCACCACCCUCGGGAGGAGGGCCCCCAGCCCCACCUCCUCCACCCUCUGGAGGUGGUGGUGGUGGUGGUGGUGGACUUGGUGGUGGACUAGCUGAUGCCCUGGCUGGUGCCAAGCUACGCAAAACAAACAGGGAUGACAGUGCACCCAAAGAGCCCCCCUCGAGUGGAGGAGGUGGUGGAGGAGGAGGUGGAGGAGGAGGAGGAGGAGGAGGAGGACUGAUGGGAGAGAUGAGUGCAAUGCUGGCUCGGCGGAGAAAAGUUGCUGAUAACCCUGCGCCCCCAAAAGAGGAAUCUCACAAUGGGGGUGAGAGCCCUAAGGAGUCACCUGCUCCCAAAUUUCCUGCACAAACCGAAGUCAAGAAGUCUUGGGGUGACAAAUCCUCCACUUUGCCCAGGAGUAUGUCUAACGCCCAGGCCAGCUCUGCAUCCAGGCUCAAACCUGCAAACAGCACUAAAGAAGCAAGCGCAUGCAGCGAGGCAUCAUUGGAGAAGUUUAAAGAGGAAAUCCUUGGAGAAAUCCGCAAAGAACUACAGAAUAUGAAGGAUGAAAUCACUCAAGCCAUCAUUCAAGAGCUCCAGAAGGAUACUCCUCCUCCCCCAGAUACACCUUGAUACUGAGCCUGCUUUCUUGAUGAAAACCUUCAAUCACAAACAGCUGCAGACAUGUUCAAAAUGAUAAUAAGCACAUAAAAAAAACAAAAAAAAUAAAAACAUUUAAAACAUUUUUUUUAAUAACAGCCCAGAUAGACUUACAUUACUGAAGAUGAAGGGUGACGAGUGUAAUUUACCUUUUUACUGUAGUCUAAGUAACCAUCGGCUGUGUCCCUUGAAACGCGUUUCACGUUUUCACAGUUACUAAUAUUCAAAAGUGCAUUACAUUAGUCCAGUAAGAGAAGUUCUGAGGCACUCAAGGUUGUGAUUUUUUUAAUACUUUUUAUUUGGCUGCAAUUGUAGCCAAAAAAAUCGCAACCUUGAGUACCUCAGAACUUCUCCUUCUAGACUAAACUUCUGGACUACACUGAUGAGCACCAAGGAAAAAGGUGAAGACCCAGAAGCACUCCAAUUAUCUGUUUGUGUUUGGUGCAUUACAUUAGGCCUACAUUUUUCCCAUCCAGUAACACCGUAGUUGUUACAACACAAAAGUUGUUCAUUUGGUGAUUGUCCAAAAACAGAGUAGCGGUCCUUAUUGCUAAGUGGUUCUAUUUAAACAGAACAGUUUGUAAGUUUGUAUUGUUACUGUACAAGAUUUCCUGCUCAUUUCAAACUGUCUCGCUGAUAUUUAUUGGCUGAUCAAAAAAAGUUGGUCAACAAUGUCGUGCUAUUUUAUUAUUUUAUUUUAUUUCAUCUGCUGCGACGCAGUUUGAAGAAUUAUGUAUUAAAAUCACUCAGGCCUCGUUGCUGAUGUGUAAUGGCUGUUUUGUACUUCAGAAAGCCUUUAUAUUUUACUCUUAGCUUUUUUAUUUUCAGAAUUAAUAGUGUUUAAUAUAUAUAUUUUUUAGUAAAAACUGAUGUGAUGCUCACAUUGACGGUUUAGAAACUGCAUCAGUCAAUUAGCCUGAUAAACCAGCCUAAAUGUGAGACUGGAUGUGUAAUUUAUUACAAUUAAUUGUAAUAAUUUUCAAACUUUUUUGGCUAUCAGUCAGUUGCUUAUUCAUGCCAUGGAAGUCCAAUUAAAAGAUUUCC